GGAGAAAGAGAUCAGGUCAAAGAUAUUAGAGGUAGUAAAAGGGCGUGGUGAAGGUACCUGUGAGAGAGAUCUUUUACAACUUCUACUUGAGGCUGCCAAGAGUUUUACAAACAUUGAUGAUGGUAUUAGUCCCAGCAAGUUCAUAGUCGAUAACUGCAAAAACAUAUACUUUGCUGGCUAUGGAGACCACUGCCCUCUCUGCAUCAUGGUGCUUGAUGUUGUUGGCGGCGCAUCCAGAAUGGCUAUCUUGUGCUCUCACCGAGGUGCUCGACGUUUGUAGCAACAACCUUCCAGAUGCUGAAAUGCUUCGAAGCAUGAAAACGUUAAACAUGGUGAUUCAGGAGGCACCAGACCUGAAUGUCAAAGGCAUACAAGUACCAAAGGGCAUCAACAUUCAUGUUCCAAUACCAGUAUUACACCAGCACCCUGACCUUUGGGGUGCAGAUGUGCACCGUUUUAACCCGGAACGGUUCACUCAGGGAACCACCGGGGCCUGCAAAUUCCCGCAAGCUUAUAUGCCAUUUGGGGUCGGAACUCGCAUCUGCGCAGGCCAACAUUUUGCCAUGGCAGAGCUGAAGGUGAUUCUAUCUCUCGUUUUGUCGAGGUCGCCUGCUUAUCGACACUCCCCUGUGUUUAGAUUGGUUAUUGAGCCUGAACAUGGAGUUUAUCUCCAUUUCAGAAGAGUGUGA